UUAUUUAGACUCAGACGAAAAAUAUAUAUGCACCAUUCAUUGCUUUUCAACUACUGCAACCGUCAUUAGUCAUUACAUUUCAAAAGGACACAUGGCCCAUGUCCAUCUAAUUUAAUUCGCAAACAGCCAAAGCAGGUACCCACUUAAAAGGUUCAUAAUCUUGCACCUUUCUUUCCAUAUCCAACGCUAACAGAUAAUUUCCACUUCCUUCUCUUACUGGAGCAUUUCGUCGAACACAAGGCAGACAAUCUUCUCUGCUACCGUAGACAAGCAUGAGUGGAGUUGCGAUUGUGGACGAGAGAUUCUGCUUCCCAGAUGAGACCAACCUCACAGUCCGCAAGACCUCCGUGUUCUUCCCCGGCGACGGCUUCAUCGUCUACGACCCCAAUGGUGAGAUCAUUUUGCGGUUCGAUUCCUACGGCCCUGAUUCGGAACCCAAGCAUGAACUUAUUCUCAUGGACGCCUCAGGCAAGUGCCUCCUCACGCUCCUUCGAAAGACACCAAGUCUGCAUCAACGGUGGGAAGGCUUUUUUGGUGAGAGACUAGAAGGUCAACACCCAAUUUUCAGUGUGUAUAAAUCCUCCAUAAUCGGACAGUCAAAUCUAAUGGUGGAAGUUCAUGGUGACCCAAGUGAAGAGUACCAAGUCAAGGGUUCCUUCUCUCGACGUUGCUGUAAGAUCUACAACACCUCUUUGGGGGCCCCGUCAGAUGAUCAUGUGGCUGAGAUUAAGCGAAAGGUGGACCCCUCGACAAAUGUGAUGCUGGGGAAGGAUGUGUUUUGGCUUUGUGUCAAGCCAGGGUUUGAUGGAGCUUUUGGGAUGGGAUUGGUGCUUAUUCUAGAUCAAGUGUACGGUGAUGAUACAUAUGAUGAUGAGCAACAAAUAGAUGCUACCUUAUAGGAUAUUUUCUCUCCUUGUAUUGCUUAUGUAAUUUGCUCGGACAAUGCUAGAGACCCUCAAACUUCACAUCCGACACUCCACAUUAAAUGUGGGUCUUUUGAGGUUAUUUUUUGAGGGUCUCGCAUUAUCCAAUUUGCUCUUCAUACAAUAAAUUUGUGUAGCUAUUAGUUUAUUUUUCUUUAAGUAAUAUUAUGUUUGUUUUUCA